AUGCGCAGCUUCAUGUGCCCCUGGUCUUGCUGUAGCCCAAGUGCCAGGCCUGCGACAAUGCCUGCAGGGACGACAGCUUUAGACCUUGUGCAGGGCAUCACCGAGUACAGCAGCCGCAUUGCGCUGAAGAUGCUUUUCCAGCAAUUCGGCGAGGUGACGGCCUGCUGGAUACCUCCCCUGGAGCAUCGAAGCAAUGAGCGAGCGUAUGUCAAGUUUGGGACCACCAAGGCAGCGCAGGCCGCCUUCGAGGCUUCUCAGGCAGGCCAGUUGUUUCUGGAUGGCGUCAGCCUCAAAGCCGAGUGGCGAAUGGCCCCGGCCAGGACACAGGAUGCACGUGAUUUCGAAGCGCGGGGCAGCAACUUGAUGACGUCCCGUGACCUCAUGCGGGCUCAGAUGCGGGGAGGAGGAAAAGGAGGGUCAGGCCGCGAUGACCGCGCUGGAGGUGGCAAAGGUGGAAGACGUGACCUCGAUGGUGGCGGGUCUCGUGCUCUGAUCAUGGAUCGAGUUUCCGGUGGUGGCUCGAGACGAAACGACGACAGGGAACGAGACAGGGAGAAGGACAGGAAAGGCAGAGAAAGAAGCCGAGAGAGAGACAGGAAGCGGAAGAGCCGCAGCCGCAGCCGGGACCGCAAGCGCCGGGAGCGCUCGCGCAGCCGCCGCUCGCGGAGCGCGAGCCGCCGCCCAAAGCGCUCCGAAGAGCCGCCGGCGCUCAAGGAUGGCGCUGUUGCGGUUGACGACGAUGACGAGGGCACCACUGCUGUGAUCUAA